AUCCAUACCACGGAGAAAUUGUGGAAGUAGCAAUCAAAGCUGAAGGUGAGGUAUAUAUAGAUUUCGUACAAUCAUCACAGGCAUCAGUCGGUAAAAAUCACUUUGGUAUCACGCAGUCACGAAAAGGAAUACAAUCGACAUGAAGAUUUUUGUUUGUUUGUUGGCGGUAUCGAUUAGUCAUGUCUCCGGAGGAUUCCUAGGAUUAGGCGGCGGUGGCGGUGGCGGUGGUGGAGGAGGCCAUGGUGGAGGUGGAAUUAGCUCUGGGCCCUGGGCAUCUGGAGGUAGUUCUGGACCUUGGGCAUCAUCGGGAGGAGGAUCGGGACCAUGGGCAUCAUCGUUGAGUAGUUCAGGACCAUGGGCAUCAUCAGGUGGAGGAGGUUCAGGACCUUGGGCCUCAUCUGGAGGAAGUUCCGGACCAUGGGCCUCAUCUGGAGGAAGUUCUGGACCAUGGGCCUCUGGCGGAGGUGGAGGCGGACCGUGGGCCUCAGGCGGUGGACAUGGUGGCGGCGGCGGUGGCGGUGGCGGUGACGUCCAAAUUGUUAAGGUUAUUCAACAAGAUGAAGGUCAUGGUGGUGGAUUCGGCGGUGGACAUGGGGGCGGUCAUGGCGGCGGUCAUGGUGGUGGUGGAUCUGGAGAUGUGAAAAUCAUCAAAGUGAUUCACCAAGAAGCAGGUGGUUCUGGAGGUCAUGGCCAUGGUCAUGGUCAUGGUGGAGGUUCAGGACUUGGAGGCGGUGAUGUGAGAGUGUUCAAAAUUAUUCACCAAGAUGUUGGCAGCGGAGGACAUGGCGGUGGAUUUGGAGGUGGUCAUGGCGGUGGAUUUGGAGGUGGUCUUGGCGGUGGAUUUGGAGGCGGCCAUGGUGGUGGAUUUGGAGGCGGCCAUGGUGGUGGAAGCGGAGGAGGCGCCGGUCAUGUGAAAAUCAUCAAAGUUAUCAGUUCAGAUAAUGGUGGUUCAGGAUCAUCCGGAUGGCAACCCAGUGGAGGCGGCUGGCAAUCAGGAGGCGAUGGCUGGCAAUCUAGCGGAAGCAGUGGUGGCUGGCAAUCGGGUGGUGGAGGCGGCGGUUGGCAAGCUGCUGGAAGUGGAGGUUGGGAUUGAGCCGAGACAAUAGAUGCUGUUAUUACAUUCAUUGUUACCCCAUUUUUGUAUAUAGUACUGACGAAUUUGCUUUUUGGCAAAAAUAAAUCAUUUCAUUGUUAAAGUUUAA